CUAUUCUCUAACGGUAAAAGCUUGAAUGCCACAAAAGACAUUCAAACUGUCGCGCGAAAAUAUAAAACAAAGGUACAAAUUAUUCGCACGUGUGGUGGUGGGUAAAGUCCUUUUCUAACCAAGAGCAACAGAAUAACCGAUCACGAUUGGUUGAUUUUGUCAUUUUCGUCCGGUGUCCAAUAGUCUCGUGGAAAUCGAUUCUAACAACACCUCGUGAAGAAGGACCUGUUGCCUGUUCCUGUUGCCGAUCCUCUGGUAGAGCCAUGCCGUUGUCGCGGGUGCAAAGUAGCAGUUAAACUUUCGUUUUUAUUCAUCGUCUCGACGCAAUCGACGAUCUCUACGCACGAUCGAAUUUCUCGACGUUACUGCCUAUUUCUAUUGUACCAGUUUGGUAGUGUAAGAUGGAAAUAUCGCCGAGAAAGUUGUCGAAACGUGCACAGGAACCUGUCGACGAAUGGUUGCAAACCGAAGGGUAUUUUAGGAAACAUGCACCCAAGGAUCCGACAUGCUUGUUUAGGGCAGUCAGUGAACAAGUUUACAUGACACAAUAUUAUCAUAUAAGGGUCAGAAAGAAGUGUGUCGAAUUUAUGAGAAAAAUGAAACACUUGUUCGUAGAGAAUAUAACGAUUCCAUUUGACGAUUACCUAGAACAAAUGGCAUGUUUCACAGAAUGGGGUGGUGUCAAUGAAAUUCAAGCCAUGUCGUUGCUUUUCGAGAGGGAAUUUAUUAUAUUUAAUGGUCAAAAGCAAACUCGUCAUGCCGUCACUAAUAAUGGUUUCAAAGAUACUAUAUAUUUAUGCCAUACCCCGCAAAAACAAUACGAUACCAUUUAUACAAGGGAUGUAGUCGCAACUGCUGCUUAUUGCCAAUCUAUGGUUUAUCAAGUCCUCUAUAAGGAUGUAUUUCACAUGGCCAAUAUAGAGACUACGGUCCAUAAAAUGUUACACGACCGGACUGCUACGUUCAGGCACGAUAAGUUUUUCCUUAAAGGCAAUAUGGAAAUGCGAGAUCAGUUGACUGCAGAGAUAUAUAGCAAGGUAGAAAGUGGAAACGACAAGAUUGAGGAUACACAGCUUAUAGUAAGAAACGUACCGCCGUUUCCGUAUAGAGUCGCGAAAGCUCUCGAUCCUAAUAUUUAUCGUAACACCGAUUUCGACAUAUGGCAUGAAAUUAGACGAGAGGUAAAAAAUGCAGGAUGGACUAAACACAAUAGUCACGAACUUCAAAUCGGUGGUAGAUGCUUGGUAGAAAUAGAAUUCAACGAAGAAGAAUUUGACAAAGCUAAUAACAAUAACAUCUAUGUAUCUACUCUUGAAAAAGAUACCAAUGGUAAUGAUAAUAUGAAAGCAUUACAGAAAAAGGGAAAAGAUCUUUAUGGCUACAUACAAGAAAUGAGUAAAAAUCAGGGUCCCGUAUUGGUUUUCAUCGAGGAAUUAGGCGAGAAAAGAAUCGUUCCGUAUUGCGCUCUAAAACCAUUACCUCUAAGGAAAAAUAAACAGAAUAGUUGGAUACCAGUAUGCAAACGAAAUGUACUUUUAGAUUCAAAUCAAAAAUGGAAAAAGACGUAUAGUCCAAAUUUGCGUAAAAUUAAACAGCCAGUUUCUAACGGUAACGGUUUAUCAAAUAAUAUUGAUAAAAAUGAAGGUAACGAUAACAAUGUUAACAAUGUUAACAGAAAUAACUUUCAGUGGAGAGAAGAAUCUUUAAAAGUGGAUAAUCAACAAUCGUACGAUAAGUAUGGAUCAAAGAAUUGUCUCGAUUAUUCAGGUGACAAGUAUUCUUCAAGAAUGGUUCUCGAUAAUACACAGGCUUCUGCAGUGGACAUUGCUAAGCAGGAAAAAGGAGAACCUGUUCCUCAUAAUCCAGUAGACAACAUGAUAUGUCCUAUUAAUUGUUCUGUACAAAAGAGCGUUGAUGUGAAUGGCAGCGACUUGCCAUUAUCAGAUCCAUUUACCUUGAGAUUUUUUUAUAACUUAGGAUUAGAGUACUUCCAUGGAACCAAUAAUUGGAACUAUUUGACGAAUGGACAAUCGCCCGGUUUUGGACAAUGGUACCAAGGUGUUUCUCAAAACGAGGAGGAAAUUAUAACGCAACAAAAAAGAGAGGAUUACCAGCGAAACGAGCAUAAAUGCGCGAACGAUAUAAAAAGCAUGCAGAUGCAAAAAACAGAAGUUCCAAAAGGGGAUGACGGAAAAGAUCCAUCGUACUCGUCGCGUGAAAAAGUAAUGGAACAGGAGUCUAUCAAUAGAGAGUCCCCACGUAUAAAUAGAAAUGGGUUGGGUCCACGAUUUAAAAAGAAUUCAGACAAUCGGUAUCGUAACGUUCAACAAGUUACACAACCAAACAAUCAGUAUUCGCAUUCUGGAUCGAAUUUCAAGCAUUCGAAAUCGCAAGAGAUGAAAAGUAACGGUACAAGUUCUCAACAUACACGCUCGGUACCCAAUCAGGUAGCCAAUCAAGACACGGUGAACUCGUAUCAAACUUCUUACAUGCAACCAAGCAUGUAUUCUGGACUACCGUAUUAUACCAACGAAGUGGACGCAUUCACGAAUUCUUACUAUCCUCCGAAUCCAUACUUUCCAAUUCCUUGUUUAGCGCAUUCCGACAUACCCGAUAACACCAGCGUACAACCAUUCUCGCCCCAUCUGUGUCCUGGAUUAGAUUAUGCACAAGCCUAUUCCGGGUUAUGUCCACCGUACAUGUGUUCCCAGCCAGCCCCGUACAAUAUUUCACCGCAAAAUAUGCAAGAACACUGGUACGCAGUUGCUGGACAACCGCAUUACAUGCAAUACCCACCUAUGUUGCCUAUGACUGCAGAUGCAACUUGCAAUGGAAUAGCACAAAACAUAAACCAGAAUAUUCCGCCUCAGAACAUAUAG